GUAAGCGUCCACCAUUCGGUUGACGACAGCAGCAGCAGGAAACCUGCGUGGCUUGUGUUGUACUUGAAUUAAAGGCUCUCGCUGGCGUCUCCUCUGCCCGGUGUGGACGACACCAUGGCCGGCAGCUGGUGGAGCAGCAGCGCGGUCACUCACGCGCUCAUGGCGCUGUUCGCCAUGGGCUCUUGGGUUUCCGUCAACAGUCUGUGGGUCGAGCUACCGGUGAUUGUCAACGUGCUGCCCGAAGGGUGGAACCUUCCUGCUUUCCUCUCGGUGCUGAUCGCCUUUGGGAAUUUGGGACCGAUUGCAGUCACCAUUACGCACCACUGUGCACCUGGACGCCUGAAUGAGCGACUGGUCAUCCACAGCAUUCAGGUGCUGGCAGUGGUCACUUCCGCUUUUCUGGCCAUUUUCUGGUCAUACACUGUCACAAUUGCCGGGGUCGAGCGGUCGCUGCCCUUCCUGCUUUUCACCUUUGUGUUGUCCUUCGUGUGCUGCACGUCAAACGUCACCUUUCUCCCCUUCAUGUUCAGCUACCCCCCUCAGUAUAUCCGGACGUUUUUCAUCGGCCAGGGCUUGAGUGCAUUGUUUCCCUGUAUAGUUGCUUUAGGUCAGGGUGUGGGGGAGCUGGAGUGUCAAACGGUGAACGGCACCAGCCAACCUCACUACUUAAAGGAGAACUUUCCGGCAGAGCACUUCUUCUGGUUCUUGUUUGUCAUGCUGUCAGUGUCGGCGCUGAGUUUUCUGGCAUUGACCAAACGGAAGACAGAGUCAGCACAGUUGACCGCAGCGCCGGAGUCAGAAAACAGCCCAUCAGGGAAGAGCGCGGAGGAGACUCACCCACUCCAGAAUGGAGGGACGCCCAUGUCAGAGGAGCGAGGCGAGGUGGACGUGCGCCCAGCAGCUCCUACAUUUUGGACUUGUCACAAUAUAUACCUGCUGAUGCUGCUGGCCGUUUCCAACGCUCUCACCAACGGAGUCCUCCCAUCUGUUCAGAGCUUCACCUGUUUGCCUUAUGGUACGAUGACCUUUCACCUCUCAGUGGUGCUUGGCAAUAUAGCAAACCCUGUGGCAUGCUUUCUAGCCAUGUUCUUUGUCAUGAGGUCCUCAUCUGGGUUGGGCCUCUUGUCGCUAGCAGGUGGAGUCUUCGCUGCGUUCCUGAUGGCUUUAGCUGCUCUCAGUCCAUGUCCUCCAAGCCUCGGAAAACAUUUUGUGGUCGUCUCCUGGAUCCUUUUCACUGGCCUCUUCUCCUACCUAAAGGUGGUCAUCGGGACUCUGCUGCACGAGGCGGGACACACAGCCCUCCUGUGGUGCGGUAUCUCUAUCCAAGCAGGCUCCCUGCUGGGAGCGCUGACCAUGUUCCCCCUGAUCAACGUCUACCAGGUUUUCCAAAGAGGCGUAGACUGUGCCGACAAUCAGUGUAUGUAACAGCACCUCCUGGUGUUUGACUCUUUGAAGCUAGCUGACCUCCGAUGUGAGAGGUCGAACACGGCUCUGGACUGUUCCAGAGAAACUGAGGGACCACGUGUCUGUGCUCUGGGGAAUUUUGAUUUUGAGUGACACUUCCUGUGCUUUGUUUUGAUACCCUACUUCAAUGUGAACUGGAUAUUACUGUGUCGUCCUCCUCUGUCUCUACAGUAUCUUCAACUAAAGCUACAUACAUAUUCAGUGGAUGACAUGUACCAUAAUGUACUAUGACUACACAUGCUCCUUAUCACGUGCCUUUUAGAUGGAUUUUUCCAGCAAAGCACACACGUUGAAAUCCCUUACAACACUUUACAAGACAGGCUCUCUGUUCUCUGAGACUCGGAGUAUUGCCACUGCUGUGUAUGCCGCCAUUUUAAAGUUUAACUUUGACCUCGAUAUAAGAAUAGUGAUAACUGAAUUGGAGGAAAGAAAAAAACAUGUUGUUAGCGCCAGAGCUAACUCUUUCAUCGGCAGCCUCUUUGUUUUUUAAGUUAUAUAUAAGGUUAUAAUGCGAUAUUAUAAUUCCACAGCCUUUAAAACUGAAGUCAUGUGAUUCAUCUGGCUGACUGUUUACAGUUGGAUUUGUGAUUGAGGAGUAUACUUCGUCGACGUAAGGUUUGCCAUUUGCUGAGCGGACAGUGACGGUUUGUAUAUUUUGAACUGGCCUUGUAGUCCCACGUCAGUGGUGUUGGUUCUGUCUGUGCCUGAAGUGGUUUACAGUGUGGGAACGGUUGUUUACUCAGGGACGUCAGUUGCCUCUCUUAUGAGUUGAAAGCCAAAAUACUAUCGUUGUACAAGCUGCGUGAUUAAUCGUGUUUGACAUGGAGUGAUUUUUGUUGUCAUACCUGUUGUGAGCUUGUGUUUUUAUCAGUCUUUUAAAGAAAAUAAAACACUCGAUCCAUGGAUUUA